AUGCAGAUGCAUCCGAAGAAGUCUAAUUUCUUCUGUCUAUUCCUCUCUUUCUUCCUCUCUCUUCUUUCUUCCGCUCUUCUUCUUUCUUUAUCUCUCUUCUUUCUUUAUCUCUCUUCUUUCUUUAUCUCUCUUCUUUCUUUAUCUCUCUUCUUUCUUUCCCUCUCUUCUUUCUUUCUUUCUUUCUUUCUUUUCUCUUCUUUCUUUCUCUUCUUUCUUUCUUUCUCUUCUUUCUUUCUUUCUCUUCUUUCUUCCUCUCUCUUCUUUCUUUCUCUUCUUUCAUUCUUUCUCUUCUUUCUUUCUUUCUCUUCUUUCUUCCUCUCUUCUUCUUUCUUUCUCUUCUUCUUUCUUUCUCUUCUUCUUUCUUUCUCUUCUUCUUUCUUUCUCUUCUUCUUUCUUUCUCUUCUUUCUUUCUCUUCUUUCUUUUCUUUCUUUAUCUCUUCUUUCUUUAUCUCUCUUCUUUCUCUUCUUUCUUUCUUUCUCUUCUUUCUUUCUCUUCUUUCUUUUUUUCUCUUCUUUAUUUCUCUUCUUUACUUUCUAUCUCUUAUCUUUUUGUAUCGUCUAUUUCUCUCUCUCCUUUUUCUCUCUUCUUACUUUAGCUCUCUCUCUUCUUUCUUUCUCUCUCUCUUCUUUCUUUCUCUCUCUCUUCUUUCUUUCUCUCUCUUCUUUCUUUCUCUCUCUUCUUUCUUUCUCUCUCUCUUCUUUACUUUCUUCUGUUCAUAUCUAUCUAUCUAUCUAAGUCUGUUCAUAUAUAUCUAUCUAUCUAUCUAUCUAAGUCUGUUCAUAUCUAUCUAUCUAUCUAAGUCUUCUGUUCAUAUCUAUCUAUUUAAAUCUGUUCAUAUCUAUCUAAGUCUGUUCAUAUCUAUCUAUCUAAGUCUGUUCAUAUCUAUCUAUCUAAGUCUGUUCAUAUCUAUCUAUCUAUCUAUCUAUCUAUCUAUCUAUCUAUCUAAGUCUGUUCAUAUCUAUCUAUCUAAGUCUGUUCAUAUCUAUCUAUCUAAGUCUGUUCAUAUCUAUCUAUCUAUCUAUCUAUCUAUCAAAUUCUACUUUUUUCUCUUUCUCGCUCUCUUCCCUCCUCUUUUCUCUUUCUUCCCUUCCACUCUGUCUGCCUUUCUGUGUGUGUGUCUCUCUCUCAAUUUUUCCCACUUUAUUUUCAAUCUACGCCCCAACCUCCUCUUUCUUUAUUUUUCCAUUCAACUUGCUCUCACUGUCAUGACCUCUCUCCUUACUCUCCUCUCCGCCACCCAUGCUCGCUACAAUUUUCUUUGGAAAAAAAAAUUAUUGAUUUGUGGUAACAGACUGCCACCGAACACCCAUACUUUUCAUAUCUCCCCUAACUCUCUCUCUCUCUCAUCCCUUACCUUAUUUACUCUCUGA